GUGUGUGGGAGCGGGAGGCUGUGGGCGGUGAGAUGUUUGUCAGCUGACCUGGCUGUACCUCUCACAGAAGUCACAACACCGUGUCGGUUCUCCUUGACAGCUACAUGUAGCAGCUUCUCCACCGAGGCUCUGGCGUGGGACUGCGGCGGGUUAUGUUUCCCUGAGACGGGGGUGGGGAGGCGGAGGUCCGUGCACCACACUGCUCCACCAUGGCGGCCGAAAUCCAGCCUCGUCCGCAGGCUAGGAAGCCGUGCCUGCUGAGUAAAAUCGAGGCUUUCCAGGAGGUUGUGACCGCGGCGGCGAUCAUCCCUAAAGAAGACGGGGUGAUCAGCGUUUCUGAGGACCGAACAAUCCGAGUUUGGCUGAAGAGGGACAGCGGUCAGUACUGGCCAAGUGUUUACCACACCAUGCCCUCCUCAUGUUCCUGUAUGUCCUUUAACCCAGAAACCAGGAGGCUGUCUGUAGGUAUGGAUACAGGAAGUAUCUGUGAGUUUAUUCUGUCAGAGGACUACAACAAAAUGACCCCGGGGCUCACAUAUCAGGCCCAUCAGGGCCGAGUGGCGGUGGUGCUCUUUGUGUUGGAGAUGGAGUGGCUGCUGAGCACCGGCCAGGACAGAAACUUCACCUGGCACUGCUCGGAGAGCGGCCAGCAGCUGGGGACGUACCGCACCGCGGCCUGGGUCUCAGGACUGCAGUUUGAUGUAGAGACCAGGCACGCCUUUGUAGGGGACCAGUCUGGUCAGGUGACCAUCCUGAAGCUGGAGCAGGACAGCUGCAGCAUGGUUACCACCUUCAAAGGACACACAGGUAACGUGACGGCGCUGUGUUGGGACCCGGCUCAGCGGGUGCUGUUUUCCGGCAGCUCUGACCACUCCAUCAUCAUGUGGGACAUCGGAGGGAGGAAAGGCACCGCCAUCGAACUGCAGGGACACAAUGACAAAGUCCAGGGCCUGUGCUAUGCCUCACACACCCGCCAGCUCAUCUCCUGCAGCUCAGAUGGCAGCAUCGUCAUCUGGAACAUGGACGUGACUCGGCAAGAGACUCCAGAGUGGCUGGACAGCGACUCCUGUCAGAAGUGUGAGCAGCCUUUCUUCUGGAACUUCAAACAGAUGUGGGACAGUAAGAAGAUCGGCCUGCGACAGCACCACUGCCGAAAGUGCGGCCAGGCCGUGUGCGGCAAAUGUUCGUCCAAGCGCUCCACCAUCCCCCUCAUGGGCUUCGAGUUUGAGGUGCGAGUGUGUGACAGCUGCCACGAGUCCAUCACCGAUGAAGACCGAGCUCCCACCGCCACCUUCCACGACAGCAAGCACAACAUUGUUUACAUGCACUACGAGCCCACCACGGGAAACCUGCUCACCUCCGGCACCGACAAGGUCGUCAAGAUAUGGGACAUGACUCCUGUGGUGUCAUGAGUUUCCGUGGACAAGGGGCAGCAUUUCGGCCAACUGUGACCAGUCGCACUUCGAUGAGAGCGAGGGAGCUGCGUCCGUGUCACAUGGAUAAUAUUUAGCAACAAAGCCUGGGUUGCUGCGUUCUCUCACAGCGGCGACACGGCCGGCCCCAGAGCAGCCUGAGGACGGUGCAACGUCUUGCUCAACACGAGGUCACAGACUGGUUGGUCUUUGCUUGAUGUCUGGAGUGAUCGCGCUUGCACUCUGGGAUUCUGUCUGGCAUUUGACCUUGUAAGAAAUUUAAUAUCUUAUGUACUUUUUAUAAAUUUCCUUCGCACUGAAGAUUGGAGGAGCUAAAAGUCAUCAGACUCGUUUUUUGGACUCUAAAUCAUCGACGUAAUCGCAGUUUUCACAUCAAUACGAUUUUUUUUUUAUUUUUGUUAUUAUCUAAACAAAAUUACCAUCAGGAGGAAUUCAGGCCUGGAUUAUUAUGACUCCCUCUAGAGGCUAAAUUUGUUUUGUUCCUGUUACAUCAUUAUUAUUUUUUUUUUGACUAGUAAAAGUUCAUAUUGUAUUCACGAAGGUCAUAAACAGCUACCUGGAAAUUCAUAAUUACUGUCUGCUCUAAAAGAUUUUUCAACCUGCUUUUUUAUUGAAUUAUUUUUACCCUCGAUCAGCAUUUCCUGUAACACUUUGAAUGUUAUAUUUCAGACAGUUGAGCUCCAACAACAUGUCUGAAACAUUAACCAAAGCAUAACUCAAAGUAGCUGUAAUAAACUACAGCAGCAUGUUUUUUUUUUUAACCCUACCAAAUUCUGAGGAUGACGAAUGUUUUGGUUUCUUCUGAGCAGUAAUUGACUUUGAGUCCAUAAAUAUCAGCUGAUGCAGGUUUGGAAGUGAUAAAGGAAGUAGCUUUAGGCCAGCUGGUCCCUUUAAUCCAGCCUCUUUGAGUUAAUUUUGUGAAAUAAUCUGGUGAAAAUGGUUGUUGCAUGAACAGUUUCUUCCAGUUAUCCUAGUUUCAGUGACUCUUAACUACUGAACAGUUCAUUCAGUCGGGUCAUAGUCUACACACAGUGCUAAUUAUGUUUACUUUAAUUGGUGGCGGUUCUUUUGAAUCCUGUGCGCUCUUUAAAUCAUCUCUGUUUGGUGUUGAGUAUUUCAAUUCAAGUUUAAUUAUUUUAGAGGUAGUGAAGAUUAAAUGCAGUCCAGAUUCCUUAAAAGAAAAGCCCUUUAAUUUUGGAGUAAUUCGUUAGAAUUAUUUUCUUACAUGUUUCAUAACACAGAGGGCGCCCAUUAACAGGACGCAACCUUUUCUUUUUCUUGUUUUUGAACAUUUACACCGUCCCCCCCUGUCAUGCCGCCCUGAGCAGAGAGCCAUCAUGUAAUCUCAGUUAACGUAGCGAUAGGUCUUCACUCCCUACAAAAUAAAUAGAAUCGCCUCAUCGUUCCUCAAGCAGGCUUUUUUUUUUUUUAAAUGGAAGUGAAAUUAAGUAAAAUUAUGCUUUGUGUCACAAACCAGAUGACAUCACUGCCAGAUGGCCUGAUGCAUUGUGGGAACCUUUAUUUUCUCGCAUGGUGCUUAAUCAUAGUUUAGCUCUGCUUGAGUAAUUCUGUAAAAAAAACAAAAAACAAAACAGGAAUAAGUCCAGCCCAACUUCUUAAACCAAGGCAACAAAUUUGAUCCACUUUCCCCUGAUGUUAAAAUUCGAUGUUAAAGUGCAGCUGCCAGAAUGAUGGUUUGUUUGUGUUGCAUGAGUGCAGCAUCGUCCAUUUCAGAAAUGCACAGGAAGCUCCACGGAACCCGUUUGGUUCUGGAUUUAAAACCAGUUUAAGCUCCAGUCGUUAUGGCGAUGACGGCGGACACCGAUGAGCCUCCUACUGAGCGAUCGGUGACUCGGACCAUGCUGUCUGUGUAACAACAUCGUGUGUGUCGUUAUCGAGGUUAUUUAUUCUGAAUGUUUGUUUCAUGUAUGAAACAUGUACAGAAGCACAUAUCAACACAGCUAGACGCUUUGGCACUUCAGAGAUGCACCAGAGCGUAAAAACGUUGCUACAAAACGGUUUAAAUUGUUUUUCCAGCUUUGUAUGUUGGCUUUACUGUUGAUGCACUGGAAUCACGAGGCAGAAAAUCAUAGAUUUCUCCUAAAUGUUUUACGUGAUUUUGUGACGACCGCUCGACGCUCAGCUCGAAUCCCUCCGAGCUUCUUCCAAAGAUUAUCAAUUAUGGAUCUGAAAACAAGGUCCGUUAACAUUUCUCGUGUUUUUAGUUCAUUUCCUCGACCACUUCCUGUGAACUAAUGCACACCUGCAAGCUAAAUUAAACAAAGUGUGAUUAUUAACGAUGCAAACUGGUGUAAAAUAUACAGAGCUAACAGAAUGGAUCUUCUAUUUCGCAAACUUAACCACACAGGAGAAACUGAGCUACAUUAAAACUUCUGCUUGGUUUUGGUUGCUUUUAAAUUCCAAAGUUGAUAAAGUUUAUUUAAGGCCAGUUCUUUGACUUUUUGUUGCAGGACAGAGGGGGUGGGGAAUGGUUGAAUUUCAGAGUUUUCGUGAAUGUAACACUGUGUAUAGACGAUUGAUUAAAACAAAAGGUAUUUACCCU